UUGUUAAAGCUUUCCCACUUUGUAAAGCAGCAGUUUGUAAUGCAAAUAGAAGCUACUUGAGGAGGAUUAUUUUCUGAAAUUAUUGUGGAGGGCCGUAAUUUCUUGAACUGGAAUUGGAGUAUGCGUAUUGGGAUUUAACGGUUGGGGUUUUAUGGAUUAAUAGGUAAGAGAAGGAGUGAUAUUUGUAUUAUAUAUAACAUGGAAGCUGAGAACGCAGGGUUUCAUCACCAGCAGCAUCAGCAGGGGAUAUCGUUUAAAUCAGGGACAAGUAGCGGCGGCAGCAGCAGCUCAGGGGUGGUUUCUCCGAUGAUUUCCAUGGGAAAUUACUAUAACCACUCUGGGACUGACUCGAAUUUAAGCUUAAAUGAUUGUACCACGGGGGCUGCUGGGGGAAUUAUUUUUUCUUCGCCAGGGGCUGUUCAGGCUGGGAAUUCUUUCGGGUCGUCACUUCUUUUGGAAUCUGUACCAGGGCUGAAGCAUGAUACGGGUUUGGCGGUUGAAUGGUCCGUUGAGGAACAGUACAAACUGGAGGAAGGACUUGCCAAGUAGGUACUUUGUUCCAAAAAGGAAAAUAAAUUCUUUAAA